GGAGAAAAAGGUCGAUCUCUGCCCGGACAGAAAGGAGAUGAGGGGGAUCAGGGCCUCCAGGGUCCUCCGGGGCCGUUUGAGUAUGUGGACCCUCCAGAAGACCUGUACAUCAAAGGAGAGAAGGGUUUUGGAGGGGUUAAAGGCGUCUGUGGAGUUCCAGGACUGCCGGGUUUGGACGCUCUGCCAGGGAUCAAAGGAGAGAAAGGGAUUGUGGGAUUUCCUGGACCCAGGGGAUUUACUGGUAACCCUGGGCCACUCGGAGAGACAGGAUUCAAGGGGAUUCCAGGAAGUCCAGGUCUCCCAGGUCUGAUUGGACGAGAAGGCCCUAAGGGCAUGAUGGGAGAUCCUGGUCCUAAAGGUCUCCCUCAGGACGCAGACAUCACACACACAGGUGAAGUUGGAGACCCCGGGCCCUCCGGACUGAGAGGCCCCCCAGGAGACCUGGGGCUGAUGGGAGUGCACGGGCCCCUAGGAGCCCCCGGCAGAUCCUUACCAGGUCCGGCGGGUGUUGUGGGACUGAGGGGUGUUCCAGGAUUAAAAGGGGAAAGAGGAGAUCCAGGUCAGAUGUUUCAAGGCAAACCCUCACCUGGAGAACCUGGAAAACCAGGACGACCUGGACCCAGAGGACUUAAAGGAAUACCGGGGGCUCCAGGUAGUUACUGUCUUCCAGGGUUUCCAGGAAUGCCUGGGGAAGCAGGUGUACCAGGGCCCCCGGGUACACCGGGCUUCGAAGGGUUUAAAGGUAGUAGUGGCGACUGUGCUUGUGGCCCCCCGAUUGUCCUAAAGGGUAUCCAGGGCCCUGCAGGUUCAACGGGGUCUCCAGGAUUCCCAGGAACACCGGGGGCCCUUGGGCUGAGAGGAGAUCAGGGUUUACCUGGAGACACAGGAGAGCGAGGACAGCAGGGUCUGGGUGGAUUUCCAGGUGUCAAAGGGUUCAAAGGUCAGAAGGGAGAAUUCACUGUGGUGGAUAUUAAAGGUGAGAAAGGAAACAUUGGCCAGCAGGGCCCUGCAGGCAAACCAGGAUUAUCAGGGAGGAGAGGACUCAAUGGGCCUCCAGGGCCCCCUGGAAACCCCGGCACCCAGGGUGACAGUUUCUCCAGCUCUCCUGGGGAACGAGGGUCCCGAGGACUCUCAGGGCCAAAGGGAUUACUGGGACCUUCAGGCCCCACAGGGCCAAGUGUAGUCGGAGCAGUAGGAGAGCGUGGAGCUCCUGGAAACCCGGGACCACCAGGACUCCCUGGCCCUCCAGGGCCGAAGGGGGUUAGAGGGGACACUCUUCCCUGCAUACCCAGAAACCCUGGCGCCCCCGGAGCGAAGGGAGACACCGGAAAUAAAGGUUUCACAGGACUCCCAGGUCCUCCAGGUUUCCGUGGCAUCACUGGACCUGAUGGAUCUAAAGGAGACAAAGGAUAUUCAGGAUCCCGUGGACUACCUGGACGACAAGGACCCCCAGGUUUUGUUGGAGAUGUCGGAGAAGAAGGACCUGAAGGCUUCAGUUAUGGUGGAGAUCCAGGCUCUCCGGGGCUCCCGGGCUCUUCUGGACUGAGGGGCCCAGCAGGAGACUCAGAUGUCGGGUCCUCAGGACCCAUUGGCUUCCCAGGGCCAGUCGGCCCUCAGGGACCUAAAGGAGUCCCUGGUCCCCCUGGAACUGACGGACUACAAGGAGUCUCAGGGCUGUCUGGGGACCCUGGAACAAAGGGCCAGAGAGGACAGGAUGGGGCCCCAGGUGUACCUGGUCCCACUGGGCCAACACCUGACUUCUGUGAUUCAGGAAAACCUGGUCCCAGGGGCCUGUAUGGCCCUCUGGGACCCAUUGGACCCCCAGGUUUUAUGGGGGAGAAAGGUGAGAUUGGAGAGGAGGGUUCUCCAGGCUUUGGCCCUCAAGGCCCUCAAGGUAAACCGGGCUCUCCAGGUUUCCCAGGGUACCCGGGGCCACAGGGUCCCUCUGGCCUCAAUGGAGACUCAGGACUGCCGGGGCCCAUCGGUCAGAAAGGUCUGAUGGGGCCCCAGGGUCUGUACGGAAGGCCAGGGAUCCCCGGACAGACUGGGGCCCCUGGAGCCUCUGGGAGGAGAGGCGAGAGAGGGUUGAGCGGACAAGAUGGAACUCCAGGAUGUGAAGGCCAGAAAGGAGUGAAAGGCUGUAAUGGGCCCCCGGGCCCUCCAGGAGAUACCACGUGCAUCCCCAUCAAAGGAAAAAGAGGACCACCAGGAUCCGUUGGCCUCAAUGGCUUUCCUGGACCACGAGGAAAUAAAGGUGUACGAGGAGAUCCUGGUAAUCCGGGUUAUCCAGGCAUCAAUGGACCCCCUGGCCUCCCAGGUCUCCCAGGACCACCCGGGACCUGCCACAAACCAGGACCUCCAGGACCACCUGGAUUUCCAGGACCCCCAGGAUUCAUCGGCUUCCCUGGAGAGACCGGAGAUCCAGGUGACCCUGGAUGUCCAGGGCCAUCUGGACAACCUGGUGGUCAAGGAUGUACUGGUCCCAAAGGUGAUAAAGGAGACUCUGUCAGUUGUUCCGGUCCACCUGGAGACAAGGGGCCUCCAGGAGACUUUGGGCCUCCAGGACCUACUGGACAUCCAGGGUAUCCUGGUGGACCCGGUUUCAUUGGGAGCCCAGGACAGAAAGGAUGCAAAGGAGAUCCAGGUUUCCAGGGAGACCCAGGUGACCCAGGUGUGGCAGGUCCUUCAGGUCCCAGAGGUCGUCCGGGUCGUCCAGGUCUUCCUGGUAUAGCAGGAGGUGAUGGCCCUCCAGGACCGCCGGGCUGCCCGGGACUCCAAGGUCCUCCUGGACCACUGGGACUUCAUGGACUGGAUGGGCUAAAAGGAGUGAAAGGGGACAUGGGGACCAGAGGUCUGGGUCUACCAGGUCCUCCGGGUUGUAAAGGUUUACCAGGAGAUAAGGGUCCUCCGGGUCCUCCAGGACACAAAGGCCCAUCCCAGUCUGGUCCCCCAGGACCCAAAGGCCCCCCAGGAUCCGCAGGACCUCCAGGUGGUAGUGGACCUCCAGGUAAAUCUGGACCAGACUGUAAAAAUCCAAUCCCAGGGCCUUGUGGAGAUCCUGGUCUUCCUGGACAAGACGGAGAUCCAGGUUGUCCUGGUGACAUGGGAGAUCCAGGUCCAAACCCUCCGGUAGCUGGGGAUGAUGGGGACAACGGGGACCCAGGGUGUCAGGGGCCAAAGGGCCCUAAGGGAUCUACAGGCCCAAGAGGUCCGCCAGGCAUUAACGGAAAUCCCGGAUCGAACGGUAUGCGGGGGUCUCCUGGUUUGAUGGGAAUACCUGGUGAUCCAGGUCCUAAAGGUUGUCCCGGUCCCCCUGGGCCUCAAGGACCAAAGGGAUUUCCUGGACCACUGGGUCCAAAGGGGGAGAAGGGACGAGUCUCCACUUGUCCCACUUUACCUCCCUCAGAUAAGGGCCCCCGAGGACCCCCUGGCCCCCCCGGAAAGUCUGGAGAUCCAGGCCUCGUUGGAGAAUUUGGCCUGACUGGACCCAAAGGAGAGAAAGGGUACAAUGGGCUUGUGGGUAAAAUAGGCUCUACGGGGCCACCAGGUCCAGCUGGAGACCGAGGAAAGCCAGGCCUGCUGGGUGAGAGAGGAGUAGUGGGAGACAAAGGUGAUCCUGGUCCAGUCGGUGACCGCGGUCCCUCCGGACCACACAAAACCUUGAACUCCGGCUUCCUGUUGGUGAUGCACAGCCAAACAAACAAGGCUCCCUCCUGUCCACCUGACAUGAAUACCCUGUGGGAAGGAUACAGUCUGCUGUACCUGGAGGGUCAGGAGAAGGCUCACACUCAGGAUCUGGGUCAGGCGGGGUCGUGUAUGCGGGUCUUUUCCACGAUGCCGUUCUCUUCCUGUAACAUGGGAACCUGCUCUUAUGCCAGCCGUAACGAUAAAUCCUAUUGGCUGUCGACGACGGCAGCCGUCCCCAGUAUACCGGUGGAGGGGGCUGCCAUCGCAGACCACAUCAGCCGCUGCGUGGUAUGUGAAGCCCCCUCCUCACCUGUCGCACUGCACAGCCAGACCUCCUCCACGCCAGCAUGCCCUAGCACCUGGAGGAGCCUGUGGACCGGAUACUCCUUCCUCAUGCAUACAGGCGCAGGUGAUGAGGGUGGCGGCCAGUCUCUGACAUCAUCAGGCAGCUGCCUGACUGACUUCAGAGCCCAGCCCUUCGUGGAGUGCCAGGGGCCUCGAGGAACCUGCCACUACUUCGCCAACAUCUACAGUUUCUGGCUGACCCGAGUGGACACGAGCACCUCCACCUCCAACAGUUCCCCUACCACGCUGACCGAGAGCCAGCAGCAGAGGCAGAACAUUGGGAGGUGCAGCGUCUGCAUGAGGAAGUAAGGAGGAGCACCGCUUCCUCCUUCUCGUGCACGAGGGAGCGCGGAGACGCUCCACUGCCUCCUCCUGCAGAGUCCGAGGGGACGGACAGAAUCGUUUGUUUGUCUCUGUGAGGAGAGACUGUCAUGUUAAAGAUAAUGCUGCCAAUCCAUCAAUCAAUGAUCAGAUCAGCAGGAGUGACUCAGAGCAGCACAAACACUCAAACUGCUUUCUUUUGUCUUUUCACUAAAUGUCACAGCAGAAAGAUGUUUGAACUGGGGUUAAAUGUACUGUCUGUAGUUUCUGCCACUAUGGGGUCUCUCACAUCAAAACUAUAAGAAAAGAGGAAGUUUGAUGA